GGCGCAGGUGAAGGCGGGGCGGAGUCGCUUUCAGUUUCGGGCAUUGUGGGAAGGCAGGAUGGGCGGCGGGGCGCGCACCUGGCACUGAGGGGGCAGCCGGGGCGAGCCGCCCGGAGCAGUGACCAUGAUACGCUUUAUACUGCUGUUCAGCCGACAAGGGAAAUUAAGACUUCAGAAGUGGUACAUAACGUUACCUGACAAAGAAAGGAAAAAGAUCACACGGGAAAUUGUUCAGAUUAUUCUGGCUCGCAGUCAAAAGAUGAGCAGUUUUGUCGACUGGAAAGACCUAAAGCUAGUUUACAAAAGGUAUGCUAGUUUAUAUUUUUGCUGUGCAAUAGAAGACCAGGAUAAUGAGCUGCUGACACUAGAGGUUGUUCAUCGUUAUGUAGAACUACUGGACAGGUAUUUUGGAAAUGUGUGCGAGCUGGAUAUUAUCUUUAAUUUUGAAAAGGCUUAUUUUAUUCUUGAUGAGUUUAUAAUGGGUGGAGAAAUACAAGAAACAUCAAAGAAAUCAGCAGUGAAAGCCAUAGAAGAUUCUGAUAUGUUACAAGAGACAAUGGAGGAAUAUAUGAACAAACCUGCAUUUUAACUUUAAAACCUCCUGGAGGGACAGAGAUGCUGCUUACUAUCUGUAAAAUUCACUUGUUGAAAUUGCUUUUCUAUGUGCCAGAGCCUCUGAGAAAUACCAAAAACCAAUAACUAAAGGGAUUUGUAUAGUAGUCAAAAUGAAGGUCAGCUCCAAUAAUGUAUAUUGUUCUAUAUAGGAGUUUCUUAAAACUGUUAUUACACUUAAUCUAGCCACUAUCCUCCUCCUAGACUAAAAACUAGUUUUUAUACAAUGGCUUUUAGCUAUGAACUUUUUCAGUCUAAGAAAAUAUUUGCAAAAGAUAUUUAUACUAGUUUUGGUCCAUCAUUGAUUGCAUCAGUAUACUUUUGUAAUAGUAUAUUUUUUGAAUGUAAUGAUUAUUCUGGUCUAAUAAUAAUACUUUUUCUUAAAAGCUGA